AACAGUCCGAUGAGGGUGUCACUACUAUUCUAGUAAAGAACGGCGUAUCAGAGACUUCUGAUACUAAGUGGAUCAUCGGUGCUGAUGGUGCUAAAAGUAUCGUAUGCAAGUAACUUGGGCUCACGUUUCUUGGCGGGACUAGAGACGGUACCCGGGUUGUGACUGGAGAUAUCCGUUUGACGGGUGUUGGCCUCAAUAGAGUGCAUUGGCACCGAUUUAGAAACUUUCUUGAACGAGGGGUCUCAUUACGCCCAACAGACGAAAUUGGCAAUGACGGCUAGCAAUUUUUCCUCUUCGGCCGCGAACUCGACCUAAUGAAGAUUGCUCAGAGCGAAGAGCUUGUCUUCGAGACCAUCGCAUCGCUAAUACCAACAGAGAUCACAUCCAACAAGGUGGUUUGGAUGAGCGACUUCCGGGCCAAUAUGCGGAUGGUGAAUAAGUUUGGCGAAGGUCGAGUGUUCUUUGCGGGCGAUGCUGCUCAUAUCCACAGCCCAGCGGGUGGUCAGGACUUAAUUCAGGUGUACAAGAUGCAUUCAAUCUAGGAUGAAAACCUGCGCUUGCUGAGAAAGGGAUCGCCAACAAAUCUCUUCUUGAGACAUACAGUGCCGAGCGUC